AUGACUCUACCCUCGAGUCCGCCCUACAUACCAUCCUUCGACGUACCGAGCUCACCACUCCCCGAGAUCGAAGAAGCCGGCGAGCUGCCCGUUCGCGCGAGCGACAUCGUUCCCGGCGAAACUCGCAAGAGACCGUUCUCCGACUACGAAAGCAGCAGCGAGCCCUGGUUCUCGGACGAUAUCUCGGACGCGGAAGUAGGGGAUAGCUUGAGACAAGACGAGCAUCGGCGCAAGCGCUUGGUCAAAGGUCCAUGGUGGAAGGUGGGCGGUCGAGGGGGCAGUCUCCGUCGCAAAGCCAUGGCCAAGCGGGAGCAUGUGUGGAACGACAGUGGCGUGUGGUUGGGCAGUGACAGCAGCGAGGAGCAAGCAGGUCCCGCAGGCGUCAACCAGCGACCGCUCGUAGAGCUCGAAGAGAGCGACUAUCUACGAUCCUCGCCUCCGCCAGCGCCCUUGUCGCUGACCCCCGGGGAAGAGCACGCUGCCGCAAUCAUCAAUGGUUGUGUCGACAGAGGACAGGAGAUGGUGGAGCUGUCAGACUUGGCUCUCACACAGCUCUCCGAUCCCACACUUCGCCCGUUGCAUCAGCUGAUUCGGCACACACACAUCGACUUGACCCAACCACCGAGCGAGGAUGAGUUUGGGCCUCUGACGCCAUCGAUCCAGCUCUACCUAUCCUGCAACGCGCUGUCUUCGCUACCUUCAGAACUCUUCGAACUGGAGAACAUAUCGGUGCUCAGCCUGCGCAACAAUCAGCUUACCCAUGUCCCAUCUGCUAUCGGGAGUCUACGCAACCUCAAAGAGCUUCACAUUUCCCAGAACAGCAUUUCCUGGCUGCCAUGGGAGAUGUUGGAUCUUUUCUGUUGUGGCGACAGCCAUCGACAGAUCGUCACUCGGCCAAACCCUCUCCUCGACCCGGCUCCAGGCUUCGAAGAGCCGAAGCAUCUGCGCAGGCCGAAGGUCGCAACAGGCGAGUUCAUGGAACAUCUCAGCAGAUGGGGAGAGACGAGCGGGGCGUUCUUUCAAAAGAUGAGGGAGUGGUACGCUGAGGAGGACGAACCGUGGACAAUCCGCCACGAGCUGGAGCUGAAGUUGAAGUUGGGGAGAUUGAAACGGACGAACCACCUCCAAGAAGCGUCGCGGGCGGGCAUGGAGGUCAAGAUGUGCUGCAACGAGCAGCUGAUCUAUCUCGCGAGCUCCGCCAUCCGAUACUUCCAAGUCGACGGGUCACCCUGCCGUGACGUCUCAGGGGGCAGACCGUUAGCAGACAGCGAGCUGUAUGCGGCAGUCAUGGAUCCGCACAUCCACGUGCCACCUACGACCGAGCAUUCGGCAGUGCCGUCGCUCUUCGAGAUGUCGCUCCGGUCGAUGCAGGCGAACUACGACCUACAAAACCCCUCAGAAUACCCCAGCAACCUUUCACUAUCAGUCACGUCUGCUCUGCAACAGGCGGCCGGUGCUGCACGGCGAGGCAACGACUGCUGCUCUACGUGUGGCAGAAGAUAUGUCAUUGCGAGGGCGGAGUGGAUGGAGUUCUGGUUCAACGGCUUUCCAUCGCAGGAGUGUCUCACACGGGAUACGGUGCUGCCGUUUUCAAGGAGGGCGUGCAGUUGGGCUUGCGCGACUCCUAGCCAGUUGGGCUCUUUUCGAUCCUAG